AUGGGUAUCCUCCAGGCGUUGGUUAACCAGUUCUACGGUUCACAGGGAAGUAUCCCUCUUAUGAUCACCCCGUCCCCGAGCCAACAAAGCGUUUCAGUGCUGAUCUACCACGCAGGGCGGGAGACCUUUGUGCUCGUGAAACAGUUUCGCCCAGCUGUUUACAUGUGUGAGUGUGCCCGGCAAGGUUUGCUGCCCACCAUCGACACCAUGACCAGUGAUGCGGACCCCCAGUCCCGGGUGGCAGUGCAGACCCUCCCCGCCUCCCUGGGCGUAACGUACGAGCUGUGCGCCGGCAUCGUGGACAAGCCUGGCCUCUCACUGGAGCAAGUAGCCGUGGAGGAGGUGCAGGAGGAGUGUGGCUACCGAGUGGCUCUGGACAGCCUGCAGAAGAUCAGCUCCUACAGGUCGGGUGUGGGACUGACGGGGUCCAAGCACACAAUGUUUUACACGGAGGUGACCGACGCCAUGCAUGUGGGUGCGGAUGGCGGCAAGGCGGAGGAGGGGGAGCUGAUCGAGGUGGUCCACGUGCCCGUGAGAGACUGGCAGACCUUUGUGUUGGACGAGCGUUUCCCCAAGGCAGUGGGUGUCCACUUGGCCUUCAUGUGGUUCCAGUCCAGCAUCGCACCCCGGCUUCACGCUGCCCAGUGCCUCUCUCCCGCCUCCUGAUGCAGGUCUCCCGGCAUCGCCCAUCAAGUACACAAAACCCGCAUCCGUCUGGAACCAGCGGCUGCCAGCACGACCGCCCAUCACCUGGGAACCUUGUAAAAAUUAAACACAGUCCACUGUA